UUGCAUGGUGGUCUGGUUGGCGGUGGACGAGCUUCUCGCUACAGGAGCGGCCCGGAUCGUUCCUCCAUCGGAGCCACUCACAUGCAUCAGCCCGCUUAACGUAGUCGUCCAACCUUCCAAAAAGAGGCUCAUAUUGGACCUCCGCCACGUGAAUUCAUUUCUUUCCGUCCCCCGUUUUCGCUACGAGGGCUUGAAUCGGGUGCCCGACUCGGUGCAGCAAGACGAUUGGCUAUUCACUAUCGAACUAAAAUCAGGCUACCACCAUGUGGAUAUCCAUCCCUUGUAUUGGCGUUUCCUUGGUUUUACACUCCAAGGGCAGCGCUUCCAGUUUCUCUCAUUGCCUUUUGGUCUAGCUACUGCGCCGUUCGUUUUUACUCAGCUGAUCAAGCAGCUCGCAAAACGUUGGCGCGGACGCGGCAUCCGACUUAUCCCAUACGUCGAUGAAAUUUUGUUCAUCAAUGCUACUCGAGCCGAGGCCCUUUGCCACCGUGCCGUCAUUUUAGCGGAUCUUCAGUCAGCUGGAUUCGCUGUCAACUUCAGGAAGUCGCAGCUCGAACCAACCCAGUGCCUUGAGUUUUUGGGCCUCCUGCUGGACACUCGCACCACAUCUCUGAGUGUCACUCUUGGGGGGCGUCAAUUCUCGUAACACCCAAUUCUCUUGAUGAGUU